CUGUUUCCGGUGCAUUGAAAUCUCACAGUUAGUUGUGAGUCUGAGACGUGAUUGAGAUGUUUAUUGCCAAAUAUACUAUUUAGCAUAUGCAGAAACUGUUGGCUAGAGACUAAGCUAGAACACGUCCACCAUUUUAUGAUUUUGAACUAGUUUGGGUUUCUGAACAGGAUAUAAAGGGCCAGGAAAUGUCCAUAGAGCAACCCAUUCAACCACCACCUCCCCCGCCCCCUCCACCAGGACCACCCCCACCUGUAGCCAUCAAAGUACCCAGCAAAAAGAAGCUGUAUCAGGCUAUCGCAGCAGGAAAGGCCCCCGUGGAAGGGGAUCAUACAGAGGCCCGGCUGCUGCUCACCCAGAGAGAAAGUAGCUUAAGCAAAGACCUGCAAUGGAUAUUGUUCAACAAAUAUAUACCUUCCCUCAUCCAAGACGGCCCUCAGUGCGGUCUAGUUGCGUUGUGGAUGGCAGCUAACCUACGGAAUCCCCCCUUACACGUUUCCAUGGAAACUGUAGUCCAAACGGCGGUGGAGAGGGGAUACACUGCCCAAGGGGAGAUGUUCUCAGCCCGUGACAUGGCCCUACUGGCAGAGGAGGUGUGUGUGUGCAGGGUGGAGCUCCUCUCUGGGGGGAUGGGAGGAGACAACUCCAGAACCAUCUUGACCCAUCUGUGUGAGGGACAGCCUGUCCUCAUCCCAUACGACGAGGACUUGAACCACGAGCCAUGCCAACGUAGUGGACACAGGGCGCACUGGGCUGUGGCCUCAGGUGUUUUGCUCGGCCUAGCCCCGGGGACUGUGAACAAAGAGCACACAGAGCCAGACCCCACCCUGCCCUGGCUACUUCUACCCAGGGUCAGCUCAUUUCCCCGCCCCAGCCCAGGGCUCAGGGAGGCCUACAUACUGGCCAAGCAGGGGAAGAGCCUGCGCUACCAGUUGUGGAGCCUGGACAGCUUGGCCCAGAGUAAUGAUCAGCUUAGAGAGAUGGCCCCCCUGAGGGCUGGGGAUGGUACCCCCUACGUGGUCCCCCAGGAAGGGGUGGAGGCUGGUCUCUCUGGCCAGGUGGUGCUGCUCCACACUGGGGCUCUGACACAGUGAUCAGGACUUAAGGACAUGCUGUGGGAUGUACUAGGUGCUGUUUGUUGCGUUGUGUUCUGCCUGCCAAACAACAAUGCAAGUUACUGUUCUGGCAUUCAGAUAUAUUAUCAGGGGUUUCACCCACUCGAGCUUGUAAAAAAGUACUGGACUAUGACACCAAAGAUGGUGGCAACCAAGCAGCACUGUUUGAAAAUACCACAAUGUGCCUAUUUAAAUCCAGUAAAGUCAAUGUGUUAAAAUGAACUUUUAUCUGGAAGGAGUAUCCAAAUGCACUCGUUUACAUUCUGCAUCAAAUAUAAUAAACUGCUAACAUAUUUGAA